CUUGGUGAUUGAAAUAGUGCAAAAAUAUUUAGAUAGAAAAGGUGGAAAUGUAAUAAAGGUGGAAGUAGAAUGGAAUGGUGGUAGAAGUGGGAGAAGGGAAACGGAAGGAAAAAGGUGGAAUGAAAAUAGAAGGGAAGGAAAAAAAGAAAUAGGUGGAAUGGAAAGUGUGAACGACACGGCAGGCAGCAGCAGCGACACUUGA